AUGCUGAGCCGUCAGCACCUGCUGCUGCUCGUCUCCCUGCUGCUGCUGAUCACACCAAGCCAAGAAGGCCAUGGCGGCAGGGCUCCCUCCAAGGCGGCGGCGGCGGCGGCGCUAGCCGGUUGCCGGAAUUCGUGCGGCGACCUGACCUUCGUGUACCCCUUUGGCGUCGGCUCCGGCUGCUUCCGGAGCCCCGACUUCGAGCUCAUCUGCGACACCACCACGCGGCCCCCGAAGCUCUCCUUCCGCGACGGUGUCACCCUGGUCACCCGGAGCAUCAACAUCGUCACCACGGAGUACAUGGGAUCCAGCACGGAAGCCUCCGUCAGCGUCGCUUUCUCCGACGCAAUCUACACGGGGAACGCGUCCGUCGUCUCGUGGUCAUUGACCCCGAAGCCGAUUGGGGAUUCCUUCGUCUCUGUCUACCUGUCGGGGCUAAGUUUCUUCGGCUGUGGGUUUGAUGUUCACUGGUUGAACCGCCCGUCGAGUGGAGGAGGAACGCCGAACUGCACAGCGACGUGUCCUCAAGGAGGAGGAGGAGAAAGCACGGCCGGUACGGUGCCUUCUGCUGAACAAAGCUGCAACGGCACUGGAUGCUGCAGUAUCUACUUUGGUGACAACACGAUUGGGUAUGCAUCUACCGUCGAAUUCAGAAUCGUCCGCCGCAGAGACAAUGGUCGUGAAUCACGCCAUAGGCAAAGCUCGUUACGGGACACGAUCUAUGUCACAGAUAUCUUCGAUCAGCAGACUAUCAGCUGGAAAAUCGUCGAUCAACCGGACUGCCCAAGUGCCCGUAAACACCGGACGAGCUAUGCUUGUGUCAGCAACAAGAGCAUUUGCGUCGACAUGGGGCAUUCGCACUUCGAGCAAAAUGGGUACAACUGCAGGUGUCGCAGUGGCUACACGGGCAAUCCUUAUAUUCUGGACGGUUGCUCACCAGAUAAUGGUUAUAAUCCAUAUCAGCAGAAGACUAAUUGUACUCGCCAGUGUGGGAAUAUCAGUGUUCCAUUCCCGUUCGGCUUGGAAGAAGGUUGUUAUGCAAGGAAACAGUUCUACCUCUCCUGCACAAAUGCGACUUCGUCCACCCUUGUGUUGGACGGUUUGGGUUCGACCUACAAUGUGACAAACAUAUCUGUGGACAAAGGGCUUAUUGAAUACGUUAGCCCCAAAACUGCUGCUGAAACCGAUAUCUACAGGUAUGCUGAUGAUGGGCUACAACAAAGUCUUUAUGUUUAUGUGAGCACACCAGUUGUUCCUGUGCAAUGGUUUGCGGCCCAUCUAACCUGUCAAGAUGCAAAACGAAACAGCUCCGGGUAUGCCUGUGUAAGCACCCACAGUGAGUGUAUAACAACCAAAGCUUCUGAUAGUUAUGUCGGUUACCGAUGCAAAUGUGGUCAGGGAUACCAAGGGAAUCCAUACAUAAGCAAUGGUUGCGUCGAUAUUGAUGAGUGCCUUGAACCCAAUGUUUGCCCUGAGAUGUGCAAUAAUACAGUCGGAAAGUACAUAUGUGUUCCAUGCCCUCACAAGACAGAGUAUGAGCCAUUGCGAAGGACUUGCAUAAAAAAACACCAAAACCUUCUCCUAGGUAUUGCAAUUGGUCUAAGCGUUGGCUUUGGAAUUCUUCUUCUUUGCUUAAGUGGGGUUUUCCUUAUUCGUCGGUGGAGAAACAAUAUCCAAAAACAACUAAGAAAGAGAUAUUUUGAGAAAAACAAAGGGCUUCUUCUACGACAGCUGAUAUCCUCAAAUGAAAAACCAAGUGAUAACAAAAUUUUCUCUUUGGAAGAGCUCCAGAAGGCAACAAACAAUUUUGAUAGGACACGUAUUCUAGGAAGCGGAGGGCAUGGUAUUGUCUACAAAGGCAUCCUAUCUGACCAACGUGUUGUUGCUAUAAAAAAGCCUAAAGUCAUAAAGGAAGGGGAAAUUAAUCAAUUUAUCAAUGAGGUUGCCAUACUUUCUCAAAUAAAUCAUCGAAAUAUUGUAAAACUACAUGGAUGUUGUCUUGAAACAGAGGUCCCAUUGUUGGUAUAUGACUUCAUCCCGAAUGGCUCACUUUUUAGGAUGAUUCACGCAGAUGCAAGUAAUGAGGAAUUUUUGUCAUGGAGCGAUUCCAUAAGAAUUGCGACAGAAGCUGCAGGUGCUCUUUGUUACCUCCAUUCUGCGGCAUCAAUGUCAGUUUUCCAUCGUGAUGUGAAAUCCUCCAAUAUACUACUAGAUGGAAAUUACACUGCUAAAGUUUCUGAUUUCGGAGCAUCAAGAUUGAUUCCUAUUGAUCAAAGUCAUGUUAUUACAAAUAUACAAGGAACAUUUGGAUACUUGGAUCCAGAAUAUUAUCAUACUGGACAGCUAAAUGAGAAGAGCGAUGUUUAUAGUUUUGGUGUUGUUCUUGUAGAGUUGCUUCUUAGAAAAGAGGCUAUAUUUAUAAACGAAUCAGGUUCCAAAAAUAACUUGUCAAACUACUUCCUUUGGGAGAUAAAAACUAGACCUAUCCGAGAGAUAGUCGCCUCUCAAGUUCGUGAGCAAGCAACUGAAGAUGAGAUUAAUACUGUUGCAUCUCUUGCACAGGAGUGCUUAAGGCUUCGAGGCGAAGAAAGACCAACUAUGAAGGAAGUGGAGAUGACACUGCAUUUUUUGCAAAAUAAAGUUUUGAGAUCAUUCAAUGCCAAAGAAAGUAAUAAGGAAAGACGGUCAAUGCAAGCUACAAGACCACCACAUCAUAAAUAUAUUACAACUGAUAUAGGCAACAAAAAAAAUUUAGAAUCUUCAAGUUGCUAUAAAUUGGAGAAAGAGUUCAUGUCAUCUGCUAGUAUACCACGGUAACA